UCUCAUCAGGAAACAGAUCCUGAUUUUACCUCUCAUGCGACGAUCUGUAAAACGUCGGCGGUUCAGGUCAAAGCUUUUUCCCUUCGUUCGACCGGGAAGAAAGAACUGUGGGUGUGCAGCCUACUCGGAAAGCAACCUGGUCGACUCAAAGCAAUGGAGCCUGCCUUUGGGGAGGUGAACCAGCUCGGUGGUGUAUUUGUGAACGGCAGACCUCUUCCCAAUGCAAUUCGACUGAGGAUUGUAGAACUUGCUCAGCUCGGCAUCAGGCCCUGUGACAUCAGUAGACAAUUGCGUGUUUCCCACGGCUGUGUCAGCAAGAUCCUGGCCCGCUACAACGAGACUGGCUCCAUCUUACCGGGUGCUAUAGGAGGGAGCAAACCGAGGGUUACGACCCCGACGGUAGUGAAACACAUUCGGACAUAUAAACAACGAGACCCCGGUAUCUUUGCAUGGGAGAUCCGUGACAGGCUGCUGGCCGACGGGGUUUGCGACAAAUUCAACUUGCCUUCAGUGAGCUCCAUCAGCCGUAUCCUUCGGAACAAGAUAGGAAAUCUAUCGCAGCAGAGCCAAUAUGAGUCGGCAAAGCAGGCACCACACCCGCCACCCCAAGCGACCUUGCCUUACAAUCACCUCUACUCUUACCCGAACCCCAUCGCCGGUGGCAAGGUACCCAAUCCUCCCGGUGUACCCACCAUCCCAGGACACAUGGCGAUGCACAGGAUAUGGCCGUCUUCCCAUUCAGUCACAGAUAUUUUGGGCAUCCGAUCGAUAACGGAACAACAAAUCAGUGACAGCACCUUUCCAAGUUCCAAACUAGAAGAUUGGAGCACAUUAAACAGAAGUAAUUUUCAGCCUCCUGUCUCGCCUGUAGUCAAUGGCAUGGAUAAAGGUCAAUUAGAGCAAGAAGCCAAAUACACGCAGACGCCGAAUGGAUUGCCCACGGUGAACAGCUAUGUCUCAGCACCCAGCAUGGCGCCUUACCACCCAGCCACUCAAGUGUCACCUUACAUGGCGUACAGCGCCACCACGUCGGGCUAUGUGACCGGUCACACAUGGCAGCAUCCCAGUGGCAGCGCGCUGUCUCCCCACAGCUGUGACCUUCCAGCGCCGCUGCCUUUUAAAAGCAUGACCAUGGCUAGAGAAGGUAGCCACCCGGUGCCAGCCUCUGCUCUCUAAUGCGCACUGACCAGCAGCCCUGGGUACAAGAUCCAGCUGGACAUGUCGUGCCUCCACUGAGUGAAUGAACUUUCUGUGCUUGAAAGAUUUGCGCAGCGGUACACACUUUGAGGAUUCAGAGAGCACUUUACACGCAGAGCCUGAAGAUGUUUAAAUUGGAUGCAGAUCGACUAAAUACAUUCUAGAUGUAGGGUUUUCAUCCUGGAACUAUCACUGCCCAGCACCGGUGGGGCCACAUGUAAUUCAUGAUAAAGAAAGCACUCACGAGGUACUGGCCUGCCUGACCCGUGUCCAUUACAGCCUUCGUUGCUCAAUCACCGCUGUGAUUUGCACAGUUGUGCAAUUGAGCAAAAUCAAUGAAUGAACAUUAUAGAAAAAAAACUAAAUUAUAUGUGCUAUCUUUGCACCCAGGGCUAAAAAGAGAAACAGUCCUAUGAAUAAUUAAAAUGAAUCAGAUGUAUUAUGAUGUGCAAGAAUGCUGCUGCCACAUGCACAUGAAGAUUUAAGAAAGAGCUUCAAUUGCUUAUAGUUUAAAUAAAACAUUUCCUUUUGAUUGAUCAUCUAUACUAUUUUAAGAUCCUGAUCUCACGUCAUUUUGGGAAGUGCUUCUCUCCUUUUUUUCCCCUCUGAUUUUUGCAUUUGGUUUUUGCUUCUGAAGAUUUUCCACAGAUGAUUUAAUUUGCUCUUUUUGGAUGGGGUUGUGUGUCACCUCACGGGUGCCCACUAACUCCAAAAGGUCAUGUGCAAUGAUGCUUCUGUGACAGCAAUGUGAAUUCUUGGGCAUUUGGGGUUGAACGCGUGUUUGCCUGGUGCCUCAGGCCAGCUGAGACUAAACGGAACCUUCUUGAUGCCUGCAAGGACUGUUCUUACUGGACGUGGCGCUGCCACAACUAACCGGGUCCAUCCUCCUCCCGGGCUGAGAGAACGAUGUGAGAGGCACUGCAGGCUGAAUGUUCACUCCAAAGCCAAUACUGUAUCUGAAAGAUCAAAAAAAAGGUGGAGGGACUGGGGUGACGAGCUGCACAAAUCCAAUGAUGUAAUUGUGAGGACUAAUGUAUCUUGUGUUAUUUGUACAGUAAAUACAAAAAGGAGCAACUUUAUUUUUCAUAAA